AUGGAUAAGAAUUUGAAUGAGUUUUGUUGGGAUACAGAGAUGGAGUUGGAUGCAAGUGUCGCGGCCACAGAUUCCUUACUGUUCCCUCAUGUGGAAUUCAUGCAUCGUCCACUUGCCGAAAGAUUGUUCUAUACGGGUCGACCAAUAACAGUUCGUCAGGAAGAAGACGGAUGCUUGAUUCGAGGUAAAGUUGAGGUAACAUGUGGUGACGGAAUCUUCUUUAGCACCACAGAUGGUCUCGAAUUAGUUAAGCUGAGUCAAGUGGUUCCCGAUUCUGAGUGGUCGACAUCGAAUCCAUUACAACAAGAGAAAUCGUCGUUGAAUGAGGUUACGAGCACUCCAUCGAAUAUUGAAGCAUUUGAAGCAAUAGCGAAUGGAAACGAUAACAAAGAAUUGACUGCAGACGAAUUAUUAGAAGCUGGCAUGACGCCGGCAGAAAUUGUUAAGGUAGGUCAAUGGAUGGAACUACAGGACGUAAGAAACCCUCUCGAGGUUCGCGUAGUUCAAGUGCUGGCGAAUCGAGGCGGUCUAUUGACCGUCAGUGAUGGAAAACGUCCUGAGAAUGUGCUAUUGGCUAGCGAAAGGUGUCAUGAACUGGGAUGGGCUCAGAAUGAGUCACGUAACUGUACGUAUGAAACGGAUGCAUUGGAACUGUUGAAUAGAGUGCGUGGUGACAGUGUAUCGCCACGUGUUUUCACGAGUUCAACAAUCAAAGAACAUAAGUUUGAGGUAGGUAUGAUGUUGGAAGUAUUGGAUGUAACGAACGAUGGCAUGUUCCACCCGGGAUAUGUGUGCGAGGUGUUGAAUCAGUACUACUUCAUAGUGCGUAUAUCGCAUUCGAUCAACACUUCAUCACACCACCAAAUCAUUUGCAAUCGAUCCUAUCCCUACAUCUUCCCGGUUUAUUGGUGCGCACGUCAGAAUAUUCGACUCACUCCUCCUGAAGAUUAUGGUGAGGGUGAAUUCUCAUGGAGUGUUUAUCGAGAGAAAUGCGGUCUUGUGAAGGGCAGUGCGCCAGAACAGUGCUUCGAUUUACCGCGUGUUCAGCGAUCUUUUGAUAAACUCAGAAAUGUCGAAGUAUUAGACACGAGAACAGGCGAUGUGAUGUAUCCGGGCAAGAUAGUGCGAUCAGUGCGUCAUUUGGUAUGGGUACACUUGUGUCAUUAUGCAAAUGCCACACCUCCAAACGUUUACUCGAUUAGUUCGGGUCAUUUGUUUCCGUGCGGUUUUGCCAAGAAAUAUGCUAUUCGAAUGCAAAGCGCUACGCAAUAUGUCAGUAUGGGUACAACGUUGAGCGGUGAUCGUUUCAAUCUGCGUACGCUGUGUACGACUCGUCCAACGCCGAUAUUUGUCACACCCAAAAAACGUUUCUUACCGAGCGUCUGGUUGACAUCUGAUCUGUGGCUUCCGAUAGUGUACGUGCGCAAGAAUUGCUUCGCUGGACCGUUCAUAAAUCCGGAAAGGUUUCGGCAAAUACCCGACAGAUAUCGUCCAGGCGCGAUGCCUUCAAUAAUACGCGCGAUAUUAUCGGAUUUGAUCAGUUGUGCGUAUAAACCAAAACAACUCUGUGAAUUGUUGAUGUGUGCAAAAGAUUCAACACUGCCACAGAUUCUCGUUAAAGCGAGGAUCAAAUUCAAGAAGUAUCGUACCCGUGUGGAAUGUUGUGAGAAGGUGACCGAAUUCUGUGGUUGGUUACGCGGUAUUUGCAUCUUAUUGGAUGCAUGCCCCGACUUAUUUGGUAUCAGCAAUACGGGUUGCGAGUCGUAUUGCAGUACACUUCGAGAGAUUCGUUCGAUGGGAACAUCGAGUCAUGUGUGGACGGCGAAUACACACACCACAACGCAGAAGUGCAUACCGAGACGACUACGCAGAAUCGUGCCUGGAUCACAAACGAAUCUGUCUCAAACGCAGGUUGUCAAGAAGAAAAAACCGGUUAUCCAGAUUUAUGAGCCUCGCCGUCCGCUCACUCGGGCAAUAACGCAUAAGGAGUGGAGAACGCGAAAUGCCGCAGCUGCUGAGGAACGAAAGAAAACCGAGAAUAUAUCACCGGACUCUAUGAUGGUUGUUCGGCAGCCGCCCGUUUCAUCUAGUCAACAGCUAAUAGCCACCGAAGGGAAUAACUAUCCUCAGAACGUAAGUCAUGGAGCAUCGUUAGAAGAACGCCUUAUGUUAUUACCACCGGUUGAGACGAACCCUCUGUAUUGGACGGCAUCUGAACUAUCUAUGUGGAUCAUGAAAACAGAUCUUUCAUCCGUGGCAGGCGUUCUCGAAAAGGAGGAGAUUGAUGGAGAAGCGUUCUUGCUACUAUCGUUGAAUCACUGUAUGGAGAAUCUUGGGUUGAAACUCGGUCCAGCACUGAAACUUAGCGCUCUCAUUAAGGAAUUAAAUAACGUUUGCAAAGAACGUUUCAUCGUUUAA